CAUUUUUCUUACGACUUCCUGCUCGAACUCAAAAAGAAGUGAUAAUAAAUAGUGCCGUGUGGUAUGAAAAUACAGACAAUUUAUUGGAUGCUUGUGAAUUAUACGCCUUACUAUUGAAGGCAUAUCCAGACACUGUCACUUACUAUGGGGCACACGCUGCCCAACUUGCAUUGAAGUGCGAAACCCAACACAAACCACUUUCAGAAUGCAACAAGUAUAGAAGAUUAUUUGUUGAGGAUAUUUUGGAACCAAUACUUCGUCAAAAUAUAGUCAUACAUGAAGUAUGCCUCCCUCUUGACAUUAAAGUCUUCAAUCCCCAAAAAGACAUACCCAUUCCCAUCUCAACUUCGACAUCUCCACAACCAAAUUAUCCGACUAAUUUUAACAUAACUUAUAGCCAGUUAAAAACAUGGCUUGAAAGAGCUCAAGGCUACUAUAUAGCUAACAAAGAAUGGAGAAAGGUGUUUGAAGUUUCCUUUACUGUAAUGGCUAGUUGUGGGAUCUUAAAGUUUGAGAGUCACAAAUAUUCUUUUAUGCUUAACGCUAACGUAUUUUCUAGUGGACCGAAAACAAAGUUGGUGGCUAUUUUUGACGAUCCAAAACAACUGCCAUCGAAAGUUUUCGAAAUUCUCAACAAAGAAAGUUUAACAACAUUUAAUAAUAGCCUAACUUAUUUAGGUACCGCUCCGCAUCCAUUCGCUUUAUCGAUUGGUAUAGCAUGUUUUGUUCAUUGCUGUCACGAAUUUUACCAAUUUGUGGCUGGACUAAAAAGUAUGUCACCUGAGGGUAAACAACGAACAUGCCUUACACCUGUUUAUGUUCCCGGGCCGUCAAAGAAGUCAGAAUCUUACAUUCGGUAUUUUUCUGUUGACCAAAGACUAAGUAAAAAACGAAAACUAAGCUUCCUAUUGUCGGAGGGGUCGGAUGAUGGCUAUGAAAAUGAAAUAAUCAACGAUGACACUACGAAUAACAACGUGAGAAACGUUAUGAAUGUUAAGAAUCUAUUAAUCGAAGAACCUUCACAAGAAAAAGAUCCUUCAGUAAUGAGAAGGGAACAACGCCUACAAAAUUUGAUCAAAGAGUGGGAAGAGUUGGACCGAUUUAUAGAAGAAUGGAAUCUUCCAUUUGAUAUUUCCAAUGCGAUAUUAUUAACACGUGGUGAUAUUGCUUUAUCGCAGGGACAAUUGAGAGAAGCAAUCACAUUUUACUAUGAAAUAUGUUCUCGUAGUUCAGGCGCCUGGGAAAAAUAUC